AUGAGCAUCUUUGAUCAGUCAUUCGGUCAGCAAUCAUCCAACUGUUUUGGACUUUACCAUCCUAGUGAUGACAAUGCCUCAAGAAUCACCGUCACAGCCUCACCAACGCAUCCGAAACGACUCGUCCUACCACACGAUGAUGAAGCUUUAUUACUCGAAAAAGAAGAUCAGCAAAAGAAAAAAGAAAUUGAUGAUUUACUGUCACAAGCCAUGAGUGGACUCACCUUUAAAGAACGGGAAGAGACUCAGGAAGUGAUUCAUGGUGUGGCGAAUGAAAUUGUGGAAGAUGCCAGCUUGUUGGACACUUGCCUUGUGCAACUUGAUGGACAUUUGGCUGGUAUCAAACGUGGCAACAUCUACGAAAUGGCCGAAAGCAUGUCGCCCCAGUAUGUCAGUUCCAGGGCGUUUCGAAUCAUGUUUCUGAGGGCCAAGGAAUACGAUGCCAAGGCUUCGGCCGAACAAAUGAUACGAUUCUUUGAAUUGAAGCAUCAGCUGUUUGGAAUUGAGAAAUUGGUAAAAGACAUCACCAUGGAUGAUCUCGAUGAGCAUGACAUUGAAUGCCUUAAGGCUGGGUGGGUACAAGUCGCUGGAAGAGAUAGAUCAGGGAGGCAAAUCUUUGUGUUCUUUGGAAGUAUGAUCGAAUCGUCCAAACGCCCGAAGUGCGUGACACGUGUAUUAUAUUUUGUCAUGAUGAGAGCCAUGCAGCAGUCUGAAGAGACACAGAUUCGAGGAAACAUUUCCGUGUGGUACACUAAUGGUGACUUCCGUUCCAAAACCAAUGGAAAGGGGUACUUUGAGAAUUUCACGGCGGCACAAGCACUUCCACAGAAAAAGGCAGCCAUUCAUUUUUGUGUGGACGAGAUGCGACAGUUUGUACUGACCAAUGUCGUGGUCAAGGUUAUGCAAAGCAAAUUGAGAGCACGAUUGCGAAUACACUUUGGCUCUCAGACCGAGUGCCAAUAUCAGCUAUCGACCUAUGGAAUCAUGCCACAGACUCUGCCAUUAGAUGCCAAUGGAAGUCUUCUGUUGGACCAACACUUGCACUGGGUUCAUUGUUGCGCCAUGGAAGAUAAAUUUGGACGUUCCGUUUCGGCACCAGAAGCCCUGGAAUCCAGCAUAAUUACGCCACACCAAAAGGAUGUAAUCUUUACCGGUGGCAAAAAUAAGAAUCAUGAAGGAAACAAACGUUUCUAUGUGCUCGUUCACGAACAUUCUCAAGAGUAUGAUUCCUCUGGGAAUGAUGAACAAAAGAGACAAAUCGUCAGCACAAUAAUUGAUGAAACUCAUCGAAUCGGAGGACGAUUUCUACAGAAACAAGGUACGCAAUCAAAAGUACCUUGGAAGGAAGUACCCUAUGAUGACGUUCGGCGGAAAGUGAUGCAAGCCUUUCGCAAUCGUCGACGCCAAAGUCAUUUUUCCCGACAAAAAGGGGUCGGUACCAACCCUACAAACAACUGUGUUUUGAUACAAGGCGAGCCUCGUCCCAACGAUGUUAUUUUUGGUAGAGUUAUACAACGAAACCCAGGCAGCGAGCUACUCCACCGACUCAUCAAGGAUCAUUUUGAAGAAUACGAGGCGUUGAAUCGUGGUGUGAAAAUUAGACUUGUGGAGACGGUAAUGCAAAUCAUUACCGAUCAGGGUGGUCGGUUCCUACAGCCGGCAUCGGAAGAAGGUAGAUGGUUGGAAGUACCCAAGGAAAGUGCAAGAGAACGAGUAUCCAAGUACUUUCGAAACCAUCGACGAGGACCAUCAUCAUCCAGCAAGCACGUGAGAUGA